GUAGCAGUAUCACACUUUAAAAGGUAAACAUAAUUACAAUUACAAGAAAUUACAAUAAACAAUAAAGUUAUAACAAUUUACAAAAAAUUAGUAGUUUAUGAGAAUAAACUGCAUAAAUUGUGUUACAAAAUAGGAUUAACCCUUACAAUUGGUAACUAUUUUAUUUGCAUAUGCAAUGGCAUUCAGAUUAGCCAAGCACCUCAAUGGUAUCAGCUUCAAGGAAAUCUCAAUGGGGUUCUUAGUGUGCCCUGCAAAUUAUAUAAAUUAUCAAAUUACUAGACCACAUACAAAACAUUGGAAUCCCAAAUGGAAACGUUUAAGGAAAAUGAAAGUUAUAAAGGUAGAACUUCCUGAUUUUGAAAAUGAUCCAGGGAAACUUUCAGAAGAAGAGGUACGUUCUAAAAUGAAAGAGAAAGGACUGUUACCACCCCGCCCGUGGGUGGAACGUCCUUUUAAUAUUACUUGUACUGGAGGCAUUUUUGAAGCCUAUGUGCCCCCAGAAGGUGAUGGAAAGGUAUCAUCAAUUACUGCCCAAGGAGCCAAACAAAAUGUACAAUUUCUUGAAAAGAAAACGAAAUCUAUGAUGGCUAUUAGAAAAGUAGGUUCUUUUGAUGAAGAUUUUAAUCGUUCUGUAUUUAUUGAACAUGCAGAAGAUAUCUACAAAAAGACUCAUGAAUUUAUUGCACUAAAAGAUAAAUAUAAGAUUAGAGAAUAUGUCACAGAGAGGGCAUACCCUGAAGUAAUGCAUAAUUUAUAUAAUAAGACAAUUAUUUGGAAAUUCAUAAAGAAUAUUGAACGUCCAAGGAUGGUGCAUGCAAGAUGUACAGACAUAAUCACAAAAGAAAAUGUAUUUGCACAGAUAACAGUCCGAUUUCAUUCACAACAGAUAUUGGCUGUUUAUGAUAGAUUUGGAAGAUUAAUGCAUGGUAGUGAUAUAAUAGCUAAGGAUGUUUUAGAAUAUAUGGUCUUUGAAAAACACCUUGCAAAUGAAUAUGGAACAUGGAAAAUUCAUGCAAAGAUAAUUCCUGAUUGGCUUCCUCAGAAAGAUCCAUCACCAUUAACUUAUAAAAAGCCUAUUGAAACUAGUGUGACAGUUGCAAAUGAAGAAAAAAGCACAGCUGAAUCAACUGAAACAAACAUUUCUUCUCCUACAUUGAUAGAGAAGCCUACAAAUACUUCACAAACUGCUUAAUUUUUGGUGAAAUUGAUUUUAAAAAAAAUACCAAAAUUACAAUAAAGAGUUGUUUGUACUAAUUUA